AUGUCCAGUCCUGAGAGUGUAGUGUUACCAGACGGGCGACGAAUUGGCGACCUUAAAGUGGCUGAUCUUCGAACUCAGCUGGAAUUAAGAGGACUUAGCCGCUCUGGAGUCAAAAAGGACUUAUGUGCACGUCUUUCGGAUGCUGUGGGAGGGGAACUGGUGCUGGAAGAAAAGAAAUCAGGAAGUACCGUCGAACCUAUGGGAUCAAACAGCUCUCUAGAUGAUAACAGUACACAAAAUGAAGAUACUUUAGAAAUCAACGCUGUUGCUUCGGAUGAAGAAAUUUUUGAAGUGUCUGCGCCCGGUGACACUGGAAAUGCUGAAAAAGAAAUCCCCAGAAGUGAAGAAAGUAUUUGUAAGUCUCCAUCUGCAUCUUCUGAGUGUACUAUGGGUACUUUAAACGAUAUUGAAAAGCCAACUGGAAUUGCUAAUGCGAAUACAACUGAAAAUAUAGAGACUUCAGAUCAACUUGCUCCGACUGAAGAUAAUAAGUCAGAAACUGAAGUUCAACCGCAACGUAGGAGGCAGUGGGGAUCACGCUCAAUUUCUAGCACUCCAUCAUUAUCUUCGGAGUCUUUGGAAAAACUUAUCCCACCAUCUGCGUGCUGGGUAAGAAGUAAAAGUUUAGUUGUGGAUACCGAAAAUGAAGCUCAAUCAAAUGAUCCUGUGGUUUUACAGGAUAUCACUGAACACGAUGAAGCUAUUAAAUAUCCCACUGUUCCAGAUGAAAAAACUCGAACCAUCUAG